UCCGGGUACAAAGUCAGCUGGAUGACUUCUAAUUCGCGCAAGCUCUCUCUUGGAUGCACCAACAAGUGCGAAUAAAUGCAUGCGUACGGAUACUCCGCAUGUGUGUCCUAAACAACAGGAACAACCCCUCAUCACAGACAGUCGCAAACCAAUAUCACAAUUACUCACACACGCGCUCACGUCCAGUCCAUAUAACACAAGCCGCCUGUCGCACCAAAUAAACACAGUCGUCCUCAUGACUCGGAAAGCUCGUCUGGCUGCAAGAGGAGGGUUACCCGAGUUCCUUCUCAGAGCUGUGAACCACAAGUGUUAAGGGGAUAUUACGUGCCGACACCUCGCAGACAAGUAGCUGUUACUGCCUACUUACCAUCUUGCCCCCAUCGCGAAGACUUGUUCAUCCAGUUGUUGGCAAGAAGGCAGUGGCCACCCGAGGCUGCGGUUCACGGAGCCGACUGGAGACCCAAUUGCAGGUGUCAGACAGGCAGUACCUUCCUUACCUUACCUUGCCUUAUUUCAUGGGUAUCUAUAUUCAUCCAUCGAAUCCAUGCAAGCGCACACGUUUUUUUUUACUGCAAGGCUUUGGGGGGUUUUCAACAACGAUCCUUCCUUCACUGACCUCAUGGCACGACUGUUUGCAUUCACUGAAGCCUUCUUUCCCAACGUUGCAAACGUACCUUUCCCUAAAAGCUCUUUUUCAACGUCUUCGCCAUGGCUUCAACAAAGUUUGCACAUCCAACACCAUUUUUGGUCACAGCCUCGCCGCGACUUGAACCAACACCUUUAAGUUGCAAACACCUUUAUCAGCAUCAUACCAAUACUCCUACUUCCAUACCUGCCAUGAGUAGUCUGUACGGAGUCAUCGAGAGAGCCAACAAAGCCAGCCUUCUCGAUGAGUAUGCACGUUUGUGGAAGUUGUUCAUCGAAGGUAUCGACGAAGUUGUGGGAUAUGUUCGGGAGGAGGACUGCAUCAAGCUUCAGUGGGACGUUAAAUGGUUUCAUUGUGAAACGGUCAAUAAGAAAGGCGACGAAGUCCGGAGAAUUACCAUUGUAAGGAGUAACAACUACCUUGCUGCAGACGGGAUUUCCCACAUUCCCUCUCCUGCAGAAGCCUGCAGAAUCGCAUUUCAAAAGCUCUUAGCCGCCAACGCAGACAAGUUCCCCGCCUUCAGUCUGUGGAAGGUGACAGAUGAAGCAGAUCAAGAGUAUUGCCCGAUUCACCUAGCUGAUCCAGGAGUCAACGUCUUGCCCAUGCGCAUUCCUUUGCCAUUGCGAGGAGUCCUGGGGGUCUUAACGGUGGGCGUGCAUCUUAAUGUCUACAGAGUAAAGGAGGAAGAUGGCAAGGAGACCAUUGAUCAAAUUUGGGUCUCCCAUCGCUCCAAAGACCCCAACUACAGCUAUCCUGGGAUGCUAGAUCAGAUAGUAGCUGGAGGCGCGGAUACCAACGACACGAUAGAUGGGCAGCUAGCCCCUUGCAAGACGCUGGCACGGGAGGCAAGAGAGGAGGCUGGUUUGACCGUAGAUCACCAGACGCGACAAGUAUUCUUCGAGGAAAUGGGGGGUGAUGAUGGGGAUAAGAAGAAGAAGAUGCGCAUCCACGUUGGGACCGUAGAAAGGGCUUCGUCCAUUACGUUUUUCGACCUCAAAGAUGAGAGUGCGGGUGACCUCUACAACAAGCACCUCGAGCCGGGCCUGCGAAUCGUCUACGAUCUCAAGAUCACCAACCCAAGCUUUCGACCGAAGAAGAUGGAGAGCGCAAUAGAGAGAUUUGAGCCCAUGGGAGUACCUCAAGUGACGGAAAGCCUGAACAGCAAUCGAUGGAAGCCUAACUGCGGACUGGUGAUGCUGGAUUUUAUGGUAAGGCAUGGACUCGUCACCAAACACGAUGAGAGCCGAUUCGAGCGUAUCAAGAAGGACCUACACCGGCCGUUGUGCUUCACUUUCCUGACGGAGUUACAUAGAAUAACGAAAGGGUGGUAGGAGCUUGGUCACAGAAUCGCAGGAGGCGGCACGGUAUUCAAAUUGUAGAAUGGGUGGGUGACCAAGAACAAAAGUCGAAUUGCGUCUCGCCGGGGGCAGGCGAUGGUGUACAAUAGUAUGACAUGAUCAAUUAUUACUAAUGUACUUGCUUUGCCUCCCUCAUCCUGUG